ACACACACAGACACAGAGAGAGAGAGACCCACAGAUACACACACACACAGACACAGAGAGAGAGACAGACACAGACGCAGACACAGAGAGAGACAGAGAGCAGGAGAGGGCGGAGACAUCGAGAGACAUCAGGAUCCUACAGGCACACAGCAGCACACAGGAUCCCAGAGGCACAGCGGAUCCCAGAGGCACAGCAGCACACAGGAUCCCAGAGGCACAGCGGAUCCCAGAGGCACAGCAGCACACAGGAUCCCAGAGGCACAGCGGAUCCCAGAGGCACAGCGAAUCCCAGAGGCACAGCAGCACACAGGAUCCCAGAGGCACAGCGGAUCCCAGUUGACCGGGUGGCGGGAGAACCGGAGCAGGAUCCCUGCAGUCUGGAUUUGGUACCGCGGCCGAUCGAUUCGGAUUCCAAGCAGAUUGCCUGGAGCUCCCGGCAGUAGGUGGCAGGUUCCCUCCCUCCGGCCCUGGAGGCAGCAAUGCUCUGCAAUGUUGCCCUCGCUGCUUUGCUGUUAACUGCAGAGUUUAGUCCCAGGAUUUCAGCGAAAGAAAAUACAUCACAACUAUUAUCCCAAAGUGUUGGACCCCGACAUGGUUCAUCUAACACCUCUCAAUCUACCACCCAAGCUUCACUCACAACCAACACUGUAUUGAAUGCCAACAGAUCUAGUGAAGCUACUGCAUCCAGCCCUACAGCUACUGUGUCCUCAAGCAUCAAAUCUAAUUCUGAGAGUUCAGAGAGAUCUACAUCAACAAACCCAAUCUCUACUAGAGGGUUAUCAACAGUAACAACAACAAGAGGUACCACGGAUGUCCCUACACUUUCCCAACAAGUCCUUGGAACACAGACAACUGAUGCUACAAGUGGGCCACAGUCAACUUUAAGCCACUCAACAGAUACUAAUUCAUCACUGACUGUGUCGACCUCAAGCCAAAUAACAAAUCAAUCCCAUACUUCACCAACUGUCCAAACUGCAAGGAGCUCAUGGCCUUCUUCAAGUUUAGCCCCGUCAACAGAUACCAGUCAACCACAAUCAAAGUCAACAAUUAUCAGUGUAUCACAGUCAACGUCAACUUCAAACCCGUCUACAGGUUUUGGACAGUCAUCUACCACAGUUCAAGUGUCCCCAGCAUCUACUUCCAUACAAUCUACAAGAAAAUCCAGUGCACAGUACAGUUCAACCAUUGCCCAAACUGUAACUACCACAAGUCCAUUGAAGGUUUCCAACACUGUCAGUCAACAAACUGAACCAACAACUGCACCAUCUGUAACUUCCACUGUACCCCAGACCGAAAGCAGCCCGACUACAUUGGAAACUACUUCUGUCACAAAUGGGAAGAAAACAGUUGCUACGAUCACAACCUCUUUGUCUUCAUUGUCAACUGCAACACCAUCAACUUCACACAAACUGAGUUUGACAACCUCACAACAGACGGUCAGCACUGCAACCCCUUCAACCCAGGAAAUCACCACAAACACGGAAGAAUUCCCAAACAGUUUGAGUGCAGGAAGUGUAGCAGCAAUUUCUGUACUGGUUAUCUUAGUAUUAGUGGCGUUACUUGGAGGAUUCAUAUACUUUAAGUUAAGAAAUUCUGCAUAUGGACGACUACAUGAUAAUCAGGACUAUGGAACAUGGGGAAAUUACAAUAACCCUUUGUAUGAUGAUUCUUAAGAAGACAAACUGGCUUUGUAGGUUUGUUCAUAUCCAGCCAUCAAGUGAAGAGUAUUGUCUUUUUGUUUAUUGGGAUAACUUGGCCAAAGGAUGAAGGGUCUAGGCCCGAAACGUCAGCCUCUCUGCUCCUAUGAUGCUGCUUGGCCUGCUGUGUUCAUCCAGCCCUGCACCUUGUUGUCUC